CGACCAGAAAUAAAAUGAAAUAAAACGAAACACAAUGGGCUCACGUUGUUAAAUUCCAACAUGUAACCUGCGUAGGGAAGGAAGCUUCAAAGUUACUACACACGAAUAAAUCCAAAAUGUCGUCGAGCGCAGGAGCCAGUCUCCCCCACCGUACUGUAUCUAGUAUACGAGCCGGCGACCGUUCGUCAGUUCAAGCGCUACCAAGCACGCCGCACACGCCUCCGCGAACGAUUGUGCCCUCGUCCUUUGGAUCGCCCUCUACACUACGCGCCGAUGAUGAACUAAUCAUCAUCGAAUUAGGAUCGCGGAAAUUGCGUAUUGGUUUUGCGGGCGACCCAGCUCCUAAGAGGAUUGUGUCGUUUGGUCCGGAGCAACAGAGACGUGCCGGAGAUUUUAGGGCUUGGGAUAUUGGCUACCAGGCUGACUGGCGCAAGAGGGCUUCCGGAAAGCCUUGGGGAGCCGAUCACGAAUUGUGGCAACUAGACGUGAGGGGCCAGGAUCUGGCUUUAAUCGGAGAUAAACUUGAGCGCGAGCUUAGAGAUGCUUUCACCAAGUAUCUGCUCAUCGAUUCUCGACCGAGAAGAAUAACGCUAGUAUUACCGCCGACACUCCCUAUACCACUCAUCUCCUCCGUUUUCGACACCGUCUUCAACCGCUUCCAGGCACCUACUAUAUCGCUUCUUUCGUCUCCCGUCAUGUCUGCCUUCGCCGCGGGCUCUCGAUCAGCCCUUGUUAUCGAUAUUGGUUGGCAUGAGACGACAAUUACUGCUGUUUAUGAGUAUAGAGAAGUGCAUACUUGGAGGACUGUCAGAGCUGGCAAGCUCUUAGUAGAAGAGACGUUCGAAUUCCUGACUAAUACUAUCCGUGGGCGGCCGGGUACAGCACGUACAGAGCACCCCGAGGAUAAGUUAGAGGAUCAUGCUGUAAGCUUCGAGGAGUGCGAGGAAUUCGCAACUCGUAUGCUCUGGUGCAAACGGGCCCCAGGACAACUGGCACAAGACACCCCUGAAGGAUUGGCAACGCUUCACGAACAGGACGAGACCGAAACAGUAGCACCGUCGGAAGAUCGCUCUCCUAUGACAAUUACCCUCAACUCUUGCAAGCCCCCAAAGACGGUGGAAAUUCCGUUCGCGGAAUUGGCCGAACCAUGCGAAGCCGUCUUUUUCGAACCUCACCUUUCCCCAUGUUGCUUCGACGAUCAUGAGAUUCCUGUGCACCUACUCGCUUACAGGGCUCUUCUACAACUGCCAUUAGAUGUACGCGCAAUUUGCAUGUCACGUAUUAUCUUUACAGGCGGCUGCUCCAAUAUCAUUGGACUUAAAGGGCGCAUCUUUGACGAAGUUUCCACGUUGGCUAAAGAACAGGGCUGGGACCCUAUUCGGGGAAAAGGGGUUGAACAAUACAAGACAAACCCGAAAUUACAACGGAAUGGCAGUCGUCAAUCGGGCGAAGGACCCAUUCCUGUACCUGUCCAGGCCGAGAGUAGCAAUACAGAAGGGGGAGAAACGGCGCCGCCUGUUAAUCCGGCCCAUGCACCCCCUGAGGUUGAUCAAGUAGAGGAAUUGAUCAAAAAGGAUAGGAAUUAUAAGCCCAUUGUGCAAGGAACGCUCCGGGUUCUCGAUUCACUGGGCCCUUGGUGUGGUGCUAGCAUGGCAGCGCAGCUCAAGGUCCCAGCUUUAGCUACGAUUGACCGCGAGCUUUGGCUCCAACAAGGCGUCAAUGGGGCAAGCCGUCCUAGCGAAGUCGACAUUAAGGCACAACAGAGGCAGAGUAUGGGUGCAGGAGGUCUGAUUAGGGGUCAGGCCUCCCAAACCAGUAACAACUGGACUCUGGGAGUAUGGGGUUCUAUUUAACGUUUAAGGGAUUAGAAAUGAUUAUGUCUUUCCGAAUAACGAGAAACGAUGAAAAGGGGACUUUUACGAGUUUUGGUUGUAGAGAUACCCUGUCACAUGUCUUGGGACUUUUAGAGAAAGCUUUACUUAUUAAAGCCCGGUUAUUCCUAAUUCCUGCCUUGUUCUGCGACUUGACAUAUUGAAUUUCUUGGAUAUUCGGGUAUUUAUGGACAAUUCUCACUCUUAUUCCGUAGAUACAUGUACCCGUUCAUCCGUACCUACCUACAUGAUUCCUGCCUUGUGAACCUAACCCAGGUUAUAUAUGGCACGGCAUUCACGACCAGCAUGUGGCCCCGGAGAUGUGGAUGUGGAGACAGAGCUACC